AAAAAAACAGGUUGGGUCCCGGGAACUUUUUAAUACCCAUCUCCGCCCCCGUUUGAAGCGUCAGAGCACCAGCUCUCCUGGGGCUCUCCAACGCAGAGCCAGUCCACAUGCUCCUCCAAACUUUACGCACGGAUGUACUCCCGUGGAAGUAUUCAGCACUGGAUUUUGAAGUGUUUCAGCUGAGCCGCGUUGUUCUAAAUCUACUAGAAGCAGUGCCAGAGUCAUUUGGGCGGCUUCGAAAUCAAAACUUUUUAAAACUUUGUGAUCCUUUUUUUAAAAAUAUAUGACUCGCCUUAUUCCAAAAGACAGAUGCAGUAAAUUUGGAAAAUGGCCGGUGCCUUAUUAAAGUGCUUAGUCUUGGCGCUCUCAUUAUGCGCGCACAGACUUUUGGCAGACCCCCGCGUUGAGCCGGGUGAUGAAUCCGAUGACAGCGCCUCGACCCUGGCCUUUGUGUUCGAUGUUACCGGCUCCAUGUACGACGAUCUGAAACAGGUGAUAGAGGGCGCCUCACGGAUCCUGGAGAAGACGCUCAGCCGGAGGACCAGACCCAUUAAAAACUUUGUCCUGGUCCCCUUCCACGACCCAGAUAUCGGCCCCGUGUCCAUCACCACCGACCCAAAGAAGUUCCAGCAGGAUCUGCAAGAGCUGUUUGUCCAGGGUGGAGGCGACUGCCCUGAAAUGAGUAUCGGAGCCAUAAAGAAAGCACUGGAGGUUUCCCUGCCUGGAUCCUUUAUCUAUGUGUUUACUGAUGCCAGGGCCAAAGACUACCGCCUGAAGAGAGAUGUUCUGCAACUGGUGCAACUCCGUCAAUCACAGGUAGUAUUUGUGUUGACCGGGGACUGUGGAGACCGCUCUCAGCCUGGUUACAGGGCGUACGAGGAGAUCGCCGCCACCUCCUCUGGGCAAAUCUUUCACUUGGAUAAGCAGCAGGUCAACGAGGUUUUAAAGUGGGUAGAGGAAACAGUUCAGGCCAUGAAGGUCCACCUUCUGUCCUCCAAUCAUGACAGUGCCCAGGAAAACAACUGGGAAGUUCCCUUUGACCCAAGCCUCAGAGAGGUCACGGUGUCACUCAGUGGACCAGCACCAGAAAUCGAGCUCAGCGAUCCUUUGGGUCGGGUAGUUGGUGUAGAGGAGGGCCUUAAAGAACUUUUGAAUAUUCCCAACUCAGCUCGUGUGAUAAACCUCAAGUUUCCUAGACCCGGUGCCUGGAAACUGAAGAUAAGCUGUAGUGGGCGUCACACUCUGAGGGUCACAGGAGUCAGCAGUCUCGACUUCCGCGCAGGCUUCUCCAGCGUACCUGUUACAGAGUUCAACCACACGAGAGAGAGGCCGAUAAAAGGGCUCCCAUCCCAUGUUUUACUGAAAUGCACCGGCCUGAAGCCUCCAGGUCAUCUGAGCCAUGUGGAGCUUGUGUCAGGCUCAGGCCGCUCCUUGCGAACGAUCCCUGUACCGCUGCCCUCUGACCUUGGAAAACAAGGCCUGUGGAGUCUCCCGGAAUUCCGCACCCCUUCCCAGAGCUUCUUCAUCAAGGUAACGGGCAAAGACGAAGAGGGCUACCGCUUCCAGAGGCUGUCCAGCGUCUCCUACACCAACAUCAUUCCAGAUCCUCCAGCUGUGAGCAUGUCGACUGUAGUGAAGGGCGUUUAUAUGCAGCCAGCUGUGAUUGGCUGCUCUGUAAAGAGUGACAUUCCCUACAGACUAAGAUUCACCAGAAGUGGAAUUACACUGGGAAGCGAGAGGUUCUUUCAGUAUUCUGCCGUUGCAUCAUGGGAAAUUCCGAAGGCAUCAGCCGAGGACGAAGGCCCGUAUGAGUGUAUGGCGCAGAGCAGCGCAGGGCAGGGGUGGGCUGUAACACAGUUAACUGUUAGAGAUCCUCCUCCGGUCUUGAAGCCCCCAGUGAAUGUGACAUCUUCUGUGGGAGGUGUGGCUGUGCUGUCCUGUCAGGUGGAGGGAAACAUGCGCCACAAUUUGACCUGGCACCGUGGGGGCUAUGCUAUCCGGGCACGGGCAGGGAGGGUGAAGCUGCUGCCCAACUCUUACCUGCAGAUCAGCGCUGUGCGGGCUCAGGAUGCUGGGGAGUACCGCUGCGUGGCAACCAAUGCCUACGGAGACAGCAGAAUCGCCGUGUGGGUCCACGUCCCAGAGGCUCCUUCUGUGGUAGUGCACCCGCAGUCCCUGGCUUUCUCCCAAGGCGAUGAGAUCCGCCUGGUCUGCUCGGCGUCCGGCUCCCCCCCUCCCCGGCUCUUCUGGAGCCAAGGCAACGUGUUCCUAACUAAUCGGCCGAGGUUCAGUCUGAACCAGCAUGGAGUUCUAACCAUUAAAGGGGCUCUCCCAGAGGAUGCUGGGAACUACACAUGUCUGGCAAGCAACGAGGCUGGGACUGCCUCUCAGUCUGUGUCACUUAGUUAUGCGGAGGCACCAAGAAUAACAGUGGUACAGCAGGUUGUGCUAGUGACUGUUGGUGGUGAUGCAACUCUCGAGUGUCAGGCCACAGGCUUUCCGUCCCCUCUUGUCCACUGGUUCAAAGGUGAACUCGAGGUGGGCUCUGCCCCUUUUGUUGAGCAGGACGUACAUCGUGGGACGCUGCACAUUCGUGGCGUGCAGGAGGUCGACGCUGGUCAGUACAGCUGUGUGGCGAGCAGCUCUGCUGGAACCUCCUCUGGCACUGUUAGUCUGGUGGUUGGAGCGGGUCCAUUGUUUUCCGAGGCACCGGCUGACGUGACAGCCAAUGUCGGGGAGAAUAUCACCCUCCCCUGCACUGCCCGGGGAUUCCCGCAGCCGACGGUGACCUGGCGCAGACAGGAUGGCAGACAGAUUCUCAUGCGUUCAGACAGCCACAGUAAAACAAUGCAGCUGGAGAACGGACAUCUUCUAAUCCAGAGUGUCUGGCUGGAUGAUGAAGGUCUAUACAUCUGCGAGGCCAAGAACCAGUUUGGAACCAUCAAAUCUGAGGCCAGAGUUAGUGUCACUGGACUGGAGCCACCUCUAUUGGCCCAAGUUGCCCCAGUGAUCACCACCGGGAGCGGUCAGUCACUUAGUAUUCCUUGCAUGUUGUUGGAUGGAAUUCCUCUUCCAGAAAGACACUGGUCCAAGAAUGGAAAACCUUUCCAUCUGAACAGAAGGAUGUUCUUGAGGAGCGAUGGCAGUUUGUACAUCGAAAGAGCCAUCCCAGAGGACACUGGGAUUUAUGUGUGCACUGCGGUUAAUGUGGCAGGCUCCACGAACAUCACAGUCAGCCUGGAGGUUCACGUGCCCCCAGAGAUCAGCGCUGGUCCGUACCACUACAUAGCCAACGAGGGUGUAGCCAUCAGGCUAUCAUGCGAAACCACCGGCGUCCCCAAACCAGAUGUUGUCUGGUCCAAGGGGAGGCAGCCCCUGCCCAGGGACAGCGCCGCUCUUCAGUCUGACUCUGAGGGACACCUCCACAUCCCCAACCCCUCCGCCGAAGAUGCAGGCAUCUACAUCUGCACUGCCACCAGUCCUGUGGGCUAUGCUAGUCGCGAGAUCCAGCUGAGUGUCAAUACUGUGCCAAAGAUAAUGGGCGUGACUGGUCACGACAACACAGUAAACAUGGCUGCAGAGGUGGGGGCAGAGGUUGUUCUCCCGUGUGAGGCUGAAGGGAGUCCUUCCCCGUUAGUCACGUGGAGCCGAAACGGGCAUCCCAUCCCCCCCGUCACAGCUGGGUUCACUGUUUUGCCUUCAGGCUCUCUGAAGAUCACUGAUGUGCGCCUGAUUGAUAGUAAACUGUACACCUGCACUGCAGAAAACCCAGCAGGCAACGCGUCCCUAAGCUACAAUUUACACAUUCAAGCUAAACCCAGGAUUCUGCCAGCACCCUCCCUCCUGAAAGCCCUGCUCGGCCAAACAGUGACUCUACCAUGUAUAGCGCAGGGAGAGCCGAGCCCUGAGAUCAGCUGGUUUCGCAAUGGAUCACCUGUUGGGGACAAGAAUGUUACACCCCUGAGGAUCCAGCAGGUCAGCCACGCCGACCAGGCCGCCUACCGGUGUGUGGCCUCGAACAGUGCAGGACAGGAGACCUUGGAGAUCAAGCUGGAAAUUCUUGAGGCCCCAACCUUUGCCGAACCUGGAGAUGUUAUCAUGGAGAAAGUGGCAAACAGCAAGGUCAUCAUCCCUUGCCCCGCUAAAGGUUCGCCUAAUCCCAAAGUACGCUGGUUCAAGAAUGGCCUGGAGAUACACCCCGAACAACCCGACUUUUCCGUGGCGAGGGAUGGAGCUCUUGUAAUUAGCGCAGCGUCUGCCAGCCACAGUGGGGACUUCAAGUGUGUGGCAGUUAAUGAGGCAGGCUCUGUGGAGAGAAAGACCAGGCUAAAAGUGAAUGUUCCCCCUGAAAUUCAAGAUAAUGGCCAGCCGCUGAACCUCACUGUCACCUUGAAGCAGCCUCUCACGCUGGGAUGUGACGCCUUUGGGAUCCCCUCUCCAACAAUCACCUGGACUAAAGAUGGCAAAGCUGUGGACAACCCUGGGGUGUAUCUUGAGAAUGGAAAUAGGCUGCUCAGAAUCUACAGAGUUCAGCCUGAACAUGCAGGACAGUUUGUCUGCACAGCUCAAAACUCAGCUGGAGAGACCCAAAGACAAUAUAACAUAGUGGUGCAAGCUCCACCUGUGAUCUCAGGAACGUCUCGAAUGCAGGAGUUAACUGUGGUACUGGGCCAGGAGGUGGAGUUUCAGUGUCGGGUGAGUGGAAAACCAGCGCCAAGAGUGGAAUGGAGCCGCGACGGAGAGGUUCUGUCCCGCGAUGGAGACCCUCAUGUGGAGUUUCUGGAAGAUGGCCAGGUGCUGAAGGUGAAGUCAGUAAGGCCGAGAGACCAGGGUCUUUACCGGUGUCUGGCCAGUAACGACGCAGGAACUCAGAUGCGCCAAUUUAGACUCAACGUCCAAGCCCCUCCCACUAUUAAGGGGACUACUGAGACAUCAGAGGUGUCAGUGGUGCUGGGUUUCUCUGCAAUCCUCCCCUGCAACGUCGAGGGCUUCCCCACACCCAGCAUCACCUGGCUCAAGGACAAUCACCCCAUCGUAUCCACUCCCCAGCUGACAUACACCCGCGGUGGGCUGGCCCUGCGGCUGGGUUCGGCACAGGGAGACAGCAGCGGCCUCUACACUUGCAGGGCUACAAAUCCAGCUGGCACUGCCAUCAAGCACUAUUCACUCAGUGUUCUGGUCCCACCGCAGAUAGAAGGAGACUCUACCUCCCUAACGUUUGGUGGUCAGGAACAGAAAGUGCGGAUCAACGGGAGCUUAACUCUGUCCUGCCUCGCCAAAGGUUUCCCCGAGCCCAAAGUCCAGUGGUUCAAAGACGGACAGCUGCUGACUGGAAACAUCCAUGCUGGCAUUAAAGAGAGCGGCCACUUCCUUCACAUAGAGAAUGCCAUGCUGUCCCAUGAGGGUCAGUACACCUGUGUGGUCACCAACUCUGCAGGAGAGGACAAGAGACACUUUCGUGUAACUAUUCAAGUCCCUCCGAUUUUCCACCGGGUGAAUAACAGGGAAGCAUCCUGGGGUUUGGGACAUGAAGACGACCUUAAUGAUGAGAACGUGGUGGAGAAGCGGGAAGUUGUGCUAGGCCAUCAAAUCAGCCUGUCCUGUGAGAGCAAUGCCAUUCCCCCUCCCAAGCUCAGCUGGUAUAAAGACGGCAAAAAGUUAACCUCUGCAGAUGGAGUGGUGCUUCUUCCAGGGGGACAAGUGCUACAAAUUGCCCGAGUGCAGAAGGAGGAUGCUGGAAGGUAUACGUGUCAGGCUGUUAAUGAGGCAGGGGAGGAUCGCAUGCACUUUGAUCUGGAGAUUCUAGUCCCUCCUGUUAUUACUGGAGCAUCAAAGGAGUUUAUGGAGGAGAUCGGAGCAGUGGUUAACAGCACCGUGGUUCUACACUGUGACGUGAUUGGACAUCCAGCUCCAGUCGUCUCCUGGCUGAGAGAAGGGCAGCCGGUGCACAUGGACUCACAGCACCACAUCAGUGAGGAUGGGACUCAGCUUCAACUUCUCAGUGUCCAGGUUUCAGACAUGGCUGGGUAUUCGUGUGUAGCGGAGAACAAGGUCGGAACAAUUGAGAAGCUCUUCAGUCUGACAGUGCAAGUCCCUCCUAGAAUAACGGGCCCUAAAGAGGAGGAGGUUAGUGUGACUGAGGGCCACAUGGUGUCUUUGCUGUGUGACGUCCAAGCAUACCCUCCUCCAGAGAUUACCUGGACCAAAGAUGGGCAAGUCCUCCAUUUCAGCACCAGCAUUCACAUUCUGCCAGGUGGCCAGAUGCUACAGUUGCCCCGGGCCACACUAGAAGAUGCAGGGCAAUAUGUUUGCACAGCCACCAACUCAGCAGGGCAGGACCAGAAGAGUAUUCUCCUCAGUGUUUAUGUCGUGCCCACCCUGAAGCCCCGGCACGAUGCUGAGUCAGACUCGGUGACCCCUCAGGUUGGCUCCUCAGUCACCUUGCGAUGCGAAGCCCACGGCUUCCCCGAGCCUGAAGUCACGUGGUACAAGAAUGGGCUCCAGUUGGCUGCAGGGAACGGACUAAAGAUGGAUCAGUACCAGCUGGAGAUAAUAGGAGUCCAGAUGGGAGAUAGUGGCACGUACACUUGCAAAGUGUCCAAUGUGGCUGGACAGGCGGACAGGACCUUUAGGCUGACGGUUCAUGUUCCACCUGUCCUGGAUGGACCUCUUCGAGAGUCUCUAAAUUAUAGCCUGGGCUCCCACGUGGCUCUGCUGUGUGAGGCCACAGGCGUACCCGUUCCCAGCAUCUCUUGGCUUAAAGAUGGAACUCCUAUUGAAAGCAGCCUGCAGUGGCAGUGGUCUGUUCGAGGCACCAGGCUGGAGCUGGGGCCUCUCAGCCUGUCUCACGCCGGAACAUACACGUGUGUGGCCAAGAACAGCGAGGGAGAAACACGAAAAGAGUACACAGUCACCGUGCAGGUCUCCCCAACCAUCCUGGACUCUGACCUCCCAUCUGAAGUGAGUGCACCCAGAGGAGAGGAGCUGACCCUGGAGUGCAGAGCAAAUGGAAUCCCCACACCUCGCCUCAGCUGGCUGAAAGAUGGAGUGACUCUGGAGGGAUCGGAUGCCCGUCACAUUGCCGUGACAUCUGAUGGCAGCACACUGACUUUGCUGCGCCUGAGUCCUGAGGAUUCUGGGACGUACACCUGCCUGGCUGUGAAUUCGGCCGGCCAGGAGAGUAAAAUCUACACCGUCUUUACUCUAGUACCGCCAUCUAUUUCUGGUGAGACCACCAUCCCCAAAGAGGUGCAGGUCACGCAGGACAGCGCCGUGACGCUGGAGUGUCAGGCAGCAGGAAACCCACCACCUCAGAUCAGCUGGCUGAAGAAUGGGCAUCCGCUGCUCCUCAGUCCCCGCGCCCGCCUCCUCUCCGGUGACUCUUUGCUGAGGAUUUCUCCUGUGCAGCUGUCUGAUUCUGGAGUUUACACGUGUGUGGCACGCAGUCAAGCUGGUCUUGCAGAGCUCAGCUAUGAUGUCCAAGUCCAAGUGCCCCCCGGUGUGAAUCACGUCGAACCGGUGGAGCCAGUUUCAGUAAUCCAGGGAUCCUUGGUGACUUUAUCCUGUGAAGCACGUGGCGUCCCCCCUCCGACGCUAACGUGGAUGAAAGAUGGACAGCCGCUGUCCCUUCACCGCAACCUGCUGCUGGAUGGACAGGAGACAAGACUGCAGCUUCCUGAUGUGGCCCCCUCAGAUGCGGGCUUUUACAGCUGCGUGGCUAGUAACCAGGCUGGAAGCAGUACCAAGAGCUUCAACCUCACCGUGCUUGAGCCUCCAAAGAUAGUCAGCUCCGACUCACCAGAAGAGCUGACCAUAGCAGUUAACAGUCCACUUGAGCUGGAGUGCUCUGCUGUGGGAGUCCCACCUCCUACCCUCAGCUGGCUCAAGGAUGGUCGGCCCAUGGAGAGAUCUGAUAUCGUUCAGCAGGACGGAAACUUUAUCAGGAUUAGCAAAGUUCAGGUCGAGGAUGCAGGUCUGUACACGUGCUUGGCCAGCAGCCUAGCCGGAGAGGAUGGAAAAAACCACUGGGUCCGGGUCCAAGUACCACCGACGCUCCUUGGCUCCGGUGAUGUGAGGACAUUGACAGUGCCGGUUAACGGUCACCUCACUCUGGAGUGCCUGGCUGACAGCGACCCUCCUCCACACAUAGAGUGGUACAAGGGUGAAACCAAACUGCAGGUGCAGAAUCUGGGUGGUCGUAUCCAGCAGCUGGCAGGGGGUCAGUACCUGGAGAUACAGGAAGUCAGGUCUGAGGAUAGCGGCCAGUAUAGCUGUGUGGUUACCAACAUAGCUGGAAGCAGCAGUCUCUUCUUCACUGUGGAAAUUCUCUUACCACCUGUAAUAAAGGAGAGCAGCUCAGUGGUGACUGUACAUAUUGGCCAGGAUGCAGUUUUACCCUGUGAAGUCAAAGGCGACUCCUCACCUGUGGUCAUGUGGAGGAAAGAUGGCUUCCCCGUGCGUCAAGAUAACAAUAAAUACACCAUAUUAUCCGAGGGCUCGUUGUGCGUACAUGCAGCUCAGCUGAAUAACGCUGGUCGCUACUACUGCACCGCGUCCAACCAGGCUGGCUCAGAUCACCGAGGAGUGGAUCUUCGUGUGUUUGUGGGUCCCUCAAUCAGUCCGGGUCCAUUCAACGUGACAGUAACCACUGGUAUCAGAGCCCUGCUUAGCUGUGAGGCUGCAGGUAUACCUUCUCCUAAAGUAUCCUGGAAGAGGAAUGGCACUCCCCUGGAUAUCAGCCAGCAGCCUGGUGCAUACAGGUUACUGUCCUCAGGGUCUCUGGUUCUUUUGUCCCCAGCCAAUGAGGAUGAAGGUUAUUUUGAGUGCACUGCAGUCAAUGAUGUUGGAGAGGAGCGCAGAGUCAUCGAGGUCAUCCUGCAAGUCCCUCCAUCUAUUGAAGAUGAUGUUACGGCAGUUAAAGCUGUGAAAAUGUCUCCUGUCGUGUUGCCUUGUCACAUACAAGGACGCCCAAUGCCCACUGUCACCUGGACAAAGGGUGGAGCCAAACUGAGCUCCAGAGGAGGAAGCUACCGCAUCCUUCCCACUGGAGAGUUGGAGAUAACUGCUGCUUUGCCCAGUCAUACUGGAAAAUAUACAUGCUCAGCCAGAAACCCAGCUGGAGUGGCUCACAAACACAUCUCUCUCUCAGUGCAUGAGCUGCCAGAGAUCAGACCAAUGGCAGAAGAGGUGCAAGUAGUGCUGAAUCACGGGACUGUUCUCCCCUGUGAGGUUCAGGGCUUCCCCAGACCAUCCAUCACCUGGCAAAGAGAGGGAGUUCCCAUAGCAACAGGUCACAGGCUGGCUGUGCUCCCGAACGGAGCUCUGAAGUUUUCCCGUGUGACGCUUGGUGAUGCGGGGACCUAUCAGUGCCUGGCAAAGAAUGAAGCUGGUGUAGCUGUGGGCCGGACAAAAUUAGUCCUUCAAGUUCCACCAGUGUUGAGCGUGCCUCAUGUCGAGUACAUGGCUGUGCUAGGCCAGCCAGUCAGCCUGGAGUGCAUAGCUGAUGGGCAGCCUCUGCCUGAAGUCACCUGGCGCAAAGAGAGGAGGCCUGUGCUUGAUGGCGCUCAUGUGCGCGUCUUCUCCAAUGGAACUCUGGCAAUUAUUUCUACCCAGCGCAGUGACGCGGGUCUUUAUACGUGUACUGCUAAAAACCCCGCCGGCAGAGCCAGCCAUGAUAUGAGGCUGCUCAUUCAAGUCCCACCCGUGAUUGCUCCUACACAGACGCAACUGUCAGUUAUCCAAGGAUUUCAGGCUCUGCUGCCCUGCGCUGCUCAGGGUUCACCAGAGCCUAAAGUGUCAUGGGAGAAGGACGGCAGCGUGGUGCCCAACCUCCCUGGCAAAUUCACCGUCUUACGGUCAGGAGAGCUGAUCAUAGAGAGGGCUGAGUCAGGAGACGCUGGUGUGUUUACAUGCGUAGCCACCAAUGCAGCAGGCUCUGCGAGGCAAGACAUCCGACUGACCAUCAAUAUGAGGCCUGCAUUCAAGGAGCUGCCAGGCGAUGCAAUGCUAAACAAAGGGCAGACUCUUGCCUUAUCGUGCCAUGCUCAGGGAACGCCUUCUCCUACUAUCUCCUGGACUGUCAACAACAGUCCCUAUGCAGGUGCCACUGUAGAUGAGGCAGGCAGAAGCUCCAUCAUCAUUGAGAAUGUGACUCGGAGUGAUGCUGGGACCUACGUGUGCAUAGCAGCAAACAGCGUGGGUUCCAUUAGAGCGCUCUCGUUCGUCCGUAUCAGAGAGCCUCCGGUGUUGAAGGGUGAAGCCCACACGUCUCAGACAGUCAUUCAGGGUGGCUCUGCUGUGCUUGACUGUCCCGUCCACGGAGACCCCAGCCCUGUCCUCCGCUGGCUCAGAAAUGGAAAACCGCUACCUCGCUUCCUCCGAAUGCAAACCCUCCACAACGGAUCUCUGGUCAUUUACAGCACCACUGCUGCAGAUGAAGGGGAGUAUCAGUGUGUGGCUGAAAGUGAGGCUGGAACAGCUGAGAGGACCAUUACGCUCAAGGUUCAGAUCAAUGGAGGCUACUCUAGCUGGCAGGAGUGGGGACCAUGCAGUAGCACCUGUGGCCAAGGCUUCCAAGAGCGAAUCAGACUAUGCAACAACCCAGAACCAGCUAAUGGAGGCCGAUCAUGCAGCGGCCCCAGUAUCGACUCUAGAAAAUGUCAGGUCGGCUUGUGUCCAGGUGAGGUUCCACGCAGGACUAGAGGCAGCCUGAUAGGAAUGGUCAAUGACAGAGAGUUUGGUGUGUCCUACCUGGAGGCCAACAUUACAGACAAUGAUGACGAGGGGAGCAGCACUGUGCAGGCACGCCUUGACAAUAUUCCUCCCACUGUGGGUCCCUUGCUGCGGGUGCUGGUGUCUGUGUUUGCACCCAUCUACUGGACCACCGUGCUGCAGAAUGGAGCAGCCAGAAAUGGCUACGCUUUCACUCAGGGCCAGUUCAGACAGGAGUCUCAGCUGGAGUUCGAGACUGGGGAAAUCCUACGUUUGACUCAUGUUGCCAGAGGUCUGGAUUCGGAGGGUGUUUUGCUAAUUGACAUAGUAAUUAACGGAUUUGUUCCUCCUUCAUUAUCAUCAUCUCACAUGAGCCUUCAGGAGUUCGAUGAGUCAUAUGUGCAGACGGGCCAAGGGCAGCUGUACUCGUGGUCAUCGCAAACCCACCAGAGAGGAGGAAGCCCCAUGGUGCUGCGUUGUAAUCACACAAUUAUUUACGAGGGCCAGGAAGAGCGCCAGGGUCCUGUGCUCCAACUGCUCAAGGUUUCUGGGAUGAAUAGUGCCUACAACAUGUUUACGCUCACUUUGGACUUCCAUGUUACUGCCAGCCUACACGUACCAGAUGGUUAUGAAGACGCAUGCCCUAAAGGUUUCACUCUUGACACCACCUCCUACUGUGCUGAUGAAGAUGAGUGUGCGCUCCAGUCUGCCUGCUCUCAUUCAUGUAACAACAUUAUGGGAGGCUUUUCCUGUACCUGUCCGUCUGGCUUCACCAUUUCUGCAGACACCAAUGUAUGCCAAGAUAUCGAUGAGUGUUCCCAAGGCUCACACAUGUGCCACUACAACCAGCAGUGUGUCAACACAGUGGGAACGUAUCGCUGCCAGGCCAAGUGUGGACCAGGAUUUAAGGCCAGCAUCACAGGAACCAGCUGUGAAGAUGUAGAUGAGUGCCAAGAGUCCGCUGUCUCCCCGUGCCAGCACCAGUGCCUCAAUACUCUGGGUUCCUACCGCUGUGUUUGCCACCCUGGAUACCAGCUGUCAGGACGUCACUGCAUUGACAUCAAUGAAUGCACGAGGAACGUAUGCCCGGCUCACCAGCAGUGCCGUAACACAGAAGGAGGAUACCAGUGUUUCGACAGCUGCCCAGCUGGAAUGACCAAAGCAGAGAAUGGGGCCUGCGUGGAUAUUGACGAAUGCCAGGAUGGAAGUCACGUGUGUCGCUACACUCAGAUCUGUCGAAACACAGUCGGAGGUUAUGGAUGCGUGUGUCCCAGAGGCUAUCGAUCUCAGGGAGUUGGGCUUCCAUGUUUGGACAUCGAUGAGUGUCUGCAAACGCCGAAUCCCUGCGCCUAUCAGUGCCGCAAUGUGCCGGGCAGCUUCAGGUGUCUGUGCCCCCCUGGGACAGUGCUACUCGGCGAUGGGCGCUCCUGCGCAGGGCUUGAGAGAGGGCACACCUUCACAAACGGAACCAGAGUCAGGGCGAGACUCGUCCCACAGCUGGUGUCAUCCCUCGGCAGGCCAAUCCUCUCCCGUUCCCAUGGAGUAUCUCGCAUCACCAGGCAGAGCUGUCCUAUCGGGUACACCAACAGAGACGGCAAGUGUGUUGAUGUGGACGAGUGCCUCCUCAAGAAACCGUGCCAACAUGAAUGCCGAAAUACGAUUGGUAGUUUCCAGUGCCUGUGUCCCCCUGGAUACCAGCUGCUACCCAACGGCCGAAGCUGUAAAGACAUUGAUGAGUGUGUAGAACAAGGCAUCCAGUGUGGACGCAACCAGAUGUGUUUUAACACCCGAGGAGGAUACCAGUGUCUGGAUACACCCUGCCCUGCAUCCUACCAGAGUGGAAGAAGACCCGGGACCUGUUACAGGCCUUGCUCGCUGGAUUGCGCCACCGGAGGCUCUCCUCUGCUCCUGCAGUACAAGCUGCUCACUCUUCCCUCCGGCAUUCCAGCCAAUCACAACGUGGUACGACUGUCAGCUUUCUCAGAGUCUGGCAUCCUGCAGGAGCGCACAUCCUUUACGAUACUUGAGCAAGAACCGGAGGCAGGCGGGCUGGGGCAGGUGUUCGGUAUCAGAGACGAGGCCGGCAGAGGGAUCAUCUACACCCUGCAGGUUCUGGACAGACCUGGACUAGUGAGGCUCAAAGUGCAGGCCACCACUAUAUCGCUGCAAGGCCGCAUUACCUACCAGAGCAUCUUUAUCAUCUACAUUUCCAUCUCACCCUACCCCUACUGAUCGUCCAUGCUGCUUUCCACAUGACUCUGCCCCCCCAGGAUGUUAGCAAGUGGAUAAUUAUUGUGUAUUUUGACUUGCGACUGAAUCAUAGCAGGAAAAGUCCUGUUCCAAAUCUUGGCUUCUGUGGGAUCUUUUGAUCACAGAGCAGAACAUCCUGUUCGGAAGACAUCUGAAGUUCAUUUCAUUACCCUGCACCCUCUUUGGGGUUAAAAAAUGCAGAGAGCGCAUCUAAUUCACAUCUGAAAAUUCAGAAUGUAUCAGGAACUUUUUUUUUAUGUUCUUCUAUCAAACAUUUUGUAUGUUAGUUUAAAGUGUUGCAUUUCUAUUACUGGGAGAAAUUCCUUUUCAUAUAAAAACAUGUUUGCAGCAUGGAAAUACAAGCCUGCUGCUAAGCUACUAUCACAGCUACGAAACUGUACAAUGUUACCCCUAUUAUUUUAAUUUAUUUAAGGAAUUUGAACACAUCACUGGUUAAUAAAACUUCCUGUCACAGAGAGUUUGACUUAUUAAGGAUCUACUGGCAUUGUAAUGGCACAUUGUAACUAGCUAACAACAGUCUUUCAUCUAUCUUAAUAUUUUUGUACUCUUUUCUUACGUUUUGUUGUCACGUAAAUUGUAAAGGUGCUAUUCUGAAUGUAUUUUGGCGAUACCAUUACAAGCGAUGUGAUUGGUGCUGAUUUUACAAAGGUAAUAUAGUUAUUAACAAAUAAUGAAGCACAGUUGGACUGCACUUACAUUUUCUCCAGCGUGGCGCUACAAACUAGCAUGCCUCUCCUGCUUUCACACCACUGUACAGAGCACUGUAUUGAAAGUUAUCGAUGGUGUUCAGUAGUCAAAUAUGUGCCGCUGUUGUACAAAUCUGAAAAGGAACAUAACCUGAAAACCAUAAAGUGCAGUUUAAGUACAGUAUGUCCCUGUUGCUGUAAAUGAAUGUCAAAUAUCCACAGAAAUAAAAUGGACCACAAUUUUGUUUUUGUCUAUCUUA